AUGUCUGCACACAGCUCGGAGGCUGACUCGAAGAAGCGCGACGACGUCCCGCCGGGCCCCCACUACGCUGAGAAUAGGGCGGAGGAGCUUCCGCGCCCCGCCUCAGAUAAUAUGAUGCGCCAGACUGCACGCCUCUGGGUAUCGCCCUCGGUGCUCUUCACGAGAGAGCACUUCUUUGGCGAUGUUAGCCCCGUCAAGGCCACCAUCCCGCUGGCCGCGUUCUGCUUUAUGACCGGCUUCAUUGACUCGGUCGCGUUCACCGCCGUCUUCGUGUGGGCAGGAUUCCAGACAGGGAACACGGUCCAGCUCGCCCUCGCCCUCGCCCGACUCUUCUCAAAACCGACGGACCACUCCUUCCACAUCGCCGACCGGCAGGCGCUCUGCUCCCUCAUCACCUUCAACGUCGGCGCGUUCAUCGGUCGCCUCGGCGACCGCAUGGGUCCCCAGUCCCGCGCAUGGCUCAUGCUCGGCACCUUCAUCCAGGCCCUCUUCACCAUGGCCGCCGCCGUCGCCGCCUGGCAGAGCGGCCAGAUCAGUGUCGCGACGGACCGUUUCAACCCCGCCUGGACCAACGCGCUCUCGUUCGUCGCCCUCGGCUUCCUGAGCGCGAGCAUCGGCCUGCAGGGCAUCAUGGGCAAGCGCGUCAACACGCAGUUCACCACCACCGUCGUGCUCACGACGGUGUGGUGCGAGCUCAUGGCGGACCCGAAGCUCUUCAAGUUCAACCGGAUCAUCUCCCGCGACCACAAGGUCAUCGCCAUCUUCGCGCUCUUCUUCGGCGGUUUCGUCGGCCGCGCCCUCAUCGACCAGAUCGGCGCCGCGGGCACCCUCGGCGUCGGCUGCGGCAUCCGCACGAUCAUCGCCGUGUGGUGGCUGUUCGUACCCGGGAAGGAGGGCGCGCAGGGGAACAAGAAGCCCGCGACGGCAUGA